AUGGUCAACGGCGAAGCCAUCGCGUACAGCGUUUCCUCCUUCGUUUGCGCUCUAUAUGUGCUUGAAUUUGGGGCCGACAAGUUCAUCGACCACACGGCUAUUGUCGCAGAGCGAACGGGGAUCCCCCAAGGUAUCAUCGGCCUGUUAACAGCUGGCGCCGAAUGGGAAGAGCUCGCCGUUGUCGUGCUCUCCAUAGCUCGUCAACGCUCCUCGCUUGCAGUUGGAAACAUCGUCGGAUCCUGCAUCUCUAACAUUCUAGGAGCCUUUUCCCUUGGUCUCAUAUUCCGCAAGGAUGAAGCUCCCAUCAUUUUCGACAGGAGCUCCAAGGUAUACGCUCUGCUAUUACUCCUCCUCGCCAUUCCGAUUGCCGGAUUGUCCAAGUUCGGUCACCGCGGAAUGUGGACAACAGCCGGCGGCAUCGCGAUAGGCGUUUUUGUUGUUUACAUUGCUUCCAUCGCCUGGUUCAUCACCAGGGGCCGCAUGGUUGCGCCAGAGCUGUCAGACAGUGACAGCGACAGCGAAAGUGAGGUCGGAAACGAUGAGGGCAGUUUCGACGGACCAGAAGAAAACCACAGUUCCACCCACUACGCAUAUGGUUCUUUCCAGGAAUCGGCGAGCCCAACGCCUGCAACAGCACCAACAAACACCAAGUUCACGCAAAGAGCAAAUGCACCUGAUGAUGCUGCUCCUAACAAUAGCCUUGUUCCAUUAUUGACACCCCCUGCCGUCGAUACAGAGGACCAAUCGGACUCCGCAGCGUCGUUGGACCUGGAAGAGGCCCUGGGGGCGCGGGCGGCGGCAACAUCUUAUCGCGCCGCACUCGACGGUACCUACAAGCACAGCGUCGCCUACCACGUUGUAGUCCUGGUCCUCGGGUUCCUCGCCAUCCUCCUGAGCAGCUAUGUCCUUUCCCGCGCGGCAUCCAACCUCGUCGACGAAAUGGGCAUCUCUGACGUCCUCUUUGGCGUCGUCGUCCUCUCCGUGGCGACUACGCUGCCCGAGAAGUUCGUCGCCGUCCUCAGCGGAUACCGGGGCCAGCCCGGCAUCCUGGUCGCCAACACGGUCGGCAGCAACAUCUUCCUCCUGAGCUUGUGCAUGGGUAUACUGUGGGUCAGCACCGGAGGCUCGUUUGAUCGGGGUUCCGUCAACGCCGCGGAGCUGGGGGUCAUGUUGGGCUCUACGGCGGUCUUGACAUUUACGGUAUGGUGCGGAGCGCGUUGGAGCCGAUGGAUAGGCGGUUGCAUGGUGCUGGCAUACGUCGUGUUCUUGGUGUUGGAAUUCACAGUCAUCCGCAAGGAGUAG